UGUGUCACAUCAAAAAUCUUCCGUGCGAGCUGCAGAGUCUUGUGUGGAUUCUUCAAAGGUCCAGCUAAUAAAUGAAGCAAUGUUGCGGCGUCCCAAGCCAACUGACUCAGAGGCAGACCUCCUGAGAGAGCAGGAGCACUUUCUCACUUCAGGCGCUCCCUCCGCCGCCAGUGUUGUCCGCCGCCCUGACAAGAGGAGAGGAGAAGCUGGAGAGGGAGAAGGGCGGAGUGGGGAGAAUGAAGGGAGCCAGAGGGAUGUGGUCACCAUUGAAGAUCUUCCAGAUCAGCUCCCUUCUCUGACACCAGCCCCUCCUAAGAAGUCUCGCUUUAAAGCGAGUCGUGUCACCUUUGAGGAUGAGGAUGCCGAGGAAAGGCUGGACAGACACGACACUCACAUCAGUGCCGUUCUCUCCAGAAUUGUUGAGAGAGAUACCAGCUCCACUCCAAUAUCUCUACCAGCAUUUACAGGCAUGGCUUUCCCCAAAGUGCUGCACCGCUCAGAAACCAGCAAUCAGGCACCUCUGUCAUCAGCUGGAGGAAAGAAGAGCAUCUUUGCUCGUCAGAUUGCUGCCCAGAAGCUAAAAGAGUGCAAGACAACAUUACAUAGUUUAUCUGAAGCUGCUCCAACCCCAGAAACUAGUAUGGAUACAGAUCAGUGUGAUGCUGCAGUAGAACCAGCAGCAGUCUCCGGUCCCAGGUUGGUGUCCGGGCAGGGGCUUCAGGGUCCCGAUAGCUCAGGAGAGACCAUGAGGAUCCACAUGGAAAACCAGGCCAAGCUCCAAGCCAUGUCCCAGUCUGAGAUACUCGAGGAGCAGAAGAAGCUCUUGUUUCAGCUCGAUCCUAGACUGGUGGACUUUGUUAGAUCUCGCAAAGCACAGAGCGUCCCAUCCUUUCCCUCCCCAUCCAAACACCCCAAGGACAAAAGUGGCACAGAAGAUCCUCCAGUUCAGGAUGUGAGCAGAGAGUCAGGCUCCUGCAAUGCUGCAGUGUUGUGUCAGAAACCCCAAGAGGUGGAGAUGGAAGGAGAGGAGGAGGAGCUGUCAGCGCCACCACCUGCUGUGACGGAGGAGGAUCUGCCAGUGAAGCCUCAGAAGGAAUGGGUCCACAUGGAUAAGCUGGAGCCGGAGAAGUUGGAGUGGUUGAGAGACUUGCCUGAACCCAGAAGGAAAGGAACCAAGAAAGCCAUGCAGGCUCGUUUUGACUUCGCGGGGACUUUAAUUCCACCCACUGAGGAUCUGCCAACGCACCUGGGCCUCCACCACCAUGGAGAGGAGCCUGAGCGGGCAGGUUAUUCCCUGCAGGAACUCUUCCUGCUGUCUCGGAGUCAGAUCAUCCAGCAGAGGACGCUGUCGCUCAGCACUCUGGCGAACAUCCUCUCAAAGGCGUGUGCUGGAGAAUACGUGUCAGUUCUGAAAGGCAGCGUGACGUCUACUCUGCUCGACGCCGGCCUGCUCUUUCUGCUCCGCUUUGCAUUGGACGAUAGCGUGGAGGGAGUGAUGUCUGCAGCUGUGCAUGCUCUUAAAGCACUGCUUGUGUGUGCAGAAGAUGAAGAGUGUCUGGACUGCACUUUUUCCUGGUUUUGCGGUCUGGCUUCCUUCCCCCUGCUGCCAUCUGCUCAGGAGGAAGAAGAUGAGGAGGAUGAAGGGCUGGAUGAAAGUAUGAAGGAGACGGCCAAGGAGAAAGAAGAGAGGAAGAGCGAUCAUGAAGUGGCCAGACAGGAUGCUGUCAAGGGUUUGUUAAAAAUGAAACUGCUCCCCAGGCUGCGUUACAUUCUCGAGGUGGUCCGGCCGUCACCUCGGGUGGUUCAGGAUGUCCUGGAGAUCCUGACUCGCAUUGCUAGGCAUUCCUCCUCAUCUGCUACGCAGGUAUUGGAUUGUCCUCGUCUGAUGGAGACAGUAAUGUCUGAGUUUCUUCCCACUUCCUGGUCACCAUCAUCUCAGUCCAUUUACGGACUUCCACUUUCCAGCGCAAUGAAGCUUCUAAGAGUUUUGGCUACCUCUGGCAGACAUGCCUGUGCAAGACUGUUAAACUCUCUGGGAGCGAGUGAGCGAUUGUCUCAUCUCCUGAGUGCAGAGCCCAACGAGCUGCUGCUGGAGCCGACCGAGUCCCUCAGGAUCACCACAGAGGCCUACAGGCUGUGGGCCGUAGCGGCCGGCUAUGGACAGGCGUGCAAAUUAUACAUAGACCUGUAUCCAGCCUUAGUGACAGCACUGCAGUCUGUUCACAGACUUCCACCUGCCUCAGAUCCUCUGCAACCUCUGCAGCUCCAGCGGUUUUUGGCUCUGCUUUCUCUGCUCACACAAGUUACACACACAGCUGGCUGCCAUCAGGAGCUCCAGGCUGGGAUGGUCAGCUCCGGUGGAGAACAGUGCCCUCCCCCUCCUCCUGUAUCUUGGGGUCAUGUCACAGGGUUGCAGACAUCCUUAAUGGGGCAUUUGAAGGGUUUUAUUAAGAACCUCGAUGAUCCACUCCAGAAAGACGGCAGCCUCACUCUGAUACCAGUUUACCUUGUUUACCUAGAAGCGUACUACCAUCAGCUGUCCAGACAGAACUGUUUCAAGCCCGUGGAGACUCUUCAAGAGCUCGAGCUGCUGACAUCUGAUGUUCUUCUCCCUCUGAUGUCUCACAGUGUUGUGCAAGGCCUGAUAAAGAAUCUCAAGUCUUCCUCUGUAGUGUGUAAUGCUCAGGCUAUACCUCUGGGCCCAGAAAUCACUAAUAACCUCCCUGGAUUGGCGUGCAUGGGAUGGAGGAAUCGUCCGGGGCUGGUUGCUCCCAGCUCCCCUUUCCCUCUUCUGACUGGACUGGGGCUUCUAUUGGAGACGAUCACAGGGAUCCAUAAAGGCCUCAGCAGCAAGUUCACCGGACUGCUUCUGUCGGAGCCUGUGACUGGUUACCUGCGCAGCUGCAGUCAGGCUACACCCAGCCUGUCUCACACCAAGGCUUGGCUUCUACGUCACGAACACCACCUCCUCUACCUGCUGCUGCGACUGGCUCACAGACUGGUUCCCCUCGACUCAGAAAUAGCAAAACAUGCCUCACUUUACCACCAGGUGGCGCUGGUUGUAUUGCCUUGGUUAUUGCCAGGCAGUGAAUACCUGGCACAUGAACUGCUCUCCACCAUUGUCUUCAGCAAGGACUUUAUAUCAGAAGGACACAGUGGAGGACCUGAGGCUGUGGAGCUGGGGGAGCUGAAGCUUCAUGAGGAAACACAAAAGGACACCUCUCCCUCUCUCCAGACUGUCGGGGCUCUCCUGAGAGAAGCCUGUGUCCAGCUGCCAUCCAUACGAGGUUGCUUCCUCACUCACCUGGCCCACCUGGAGUCGUCUGUAAUAGUAUCCAGAGAUGCUCUCCUGGGCCACAACCCCUGGAUCAAAAGUCAUCUCUUGCCAGAGCUCACCGGUCCCAUCCUGCCAUCUGAUUGGCCUUUCCUUCCACUUCUCAGCCUGUAUGAGCAAUCGGGGGUGUCUGAUGGUGGAGGGCUGGCAGUGGAGGAGCUUCCUCAGGGGGCUCUGCAGGCCGUGACUCACUGUCUGCAGUGGCUGCUGCUGCUGGAGGUCUGGAGGGAGGAAGCGCUAAAGGUGGUCCUCCCUGUCGCCAAGUUCGCCCGCCUGUCCUGUGUGUUCCUCUGUUCCAGUGACUUGUUCCUGGAGAGACCCGUUCAGAGGCUGACCUGGGGUCUGUUCAGACUGCUCACCAGGAGCACCAAGCUGGACUCUUUGGACCUGAACGUCCCUCCUCCAGGUCUGGCCUCAUUCCAGGACUUGUAUUCAGCCCUUGUGUCCCAGUAUGAAGCUGUGUCUUUUGGAGACCGGCUGUUUGGUUGCUGGGUCCUCUUGCCCCUGCAGAGGAGGUACAGCACCACCAUGAGGCUGGCGGUGUUUGGCGAGCACGUGGGGAUGCUGAGGUCUCUGGGGGUCACUCUAGAACAGCUGUCCAUUCCUAUCGAGAGGUUCACCUCCCCACCUGAAGAUUCCCUCCCUCUCCUCCGUCUCUACUUCCGCUCUUUGGUAACUGGGACUUUGAAGCGCUCCUGGUGUCCUGUCUUAUAUGUGGCUGCUUUGUCUCACGUGAACUCCUUCAUCUUCUCUCAGGAUGCUGCCGCACAGGAGGUUGAAACCGCUCGACACAGUAUGUUGAGGAAGAUCUACUACCUGACUGACGAGGUGUUGAGGAGUCACUUGCUGCUCUUCCGUCUGCCCCAGCAUCACUUACAGCUCGGCUUCGACAUGUACGAACAGUUGCCUCCCAUUAGGGCCAAACGUUUGGAGAGAGUCCUGGGACUGCAGGAGAGCAGUGUUGACAAAGGAGACUGAAAAGAGUGAAAAAAACCUGAAGAAAAAUAACAGGGUUGUAUUCUCAAAAUAGGCUAGGUAGAGGCGAGAUGAGGUAUUAUGAAAGCAGAAGGUGCUGCACCACAGCGAGAUGUUCGUUUCAAGGCAUCACAAUGUCACAUGUAGUUGUUUCUGUGGCCCUUUUUUCUUUAAACUAAAGCUGAGUUAGACUCAGUUUCUAGUGCUUAUGGUACCCUGAUGAGGC